AUGUCGGCAGACGGCGGGCUCCGACCGACGCUCUUCGUGCGGCUCCUCAACAAGGUCUUCAAACAUUGGGCCCCGUUUCUUGUCAAACACGAUGUCGCAAUAUUGAUAGCAACCCUCAUCUUCACCCUCGUCACCUCCAUCAAAAUCCCAUUCACGAAGCAACAGGAUGACGUUCGGACCGGGUGGUCCCCCGACGGUGCCCGCUCCGUCUCCGAAAUGCACCAGUACAGCAGAUACCUUGGCAAUAGAGCCUCUGACCCGAUCGCCGCUAUGGUAUUCAUCGAGGCCAGGGAUCAUGGAAAUAUGCUGCGACAUGAGCAUUUGAAGCACACCAUUCAAUUGCUCGACGACCUCUCGGCGGCAGUUUCACACAAGAAUCGCACCUACAACGAUUUAUGCGGCUCGAUGUGCGCGAUUAACGACCCGUUUCGAUUGUUUUACAACUCCUUCGAAAUGCGUGAACUGCGCGAAAACGACGACGGCGAGACGGCGGGCAUUGCGUUCCCGACGAUGAGCAUCCUCGGCAAGGAGAUCGACCUCAGCCCGCAUCUUUUUGGCGUGAAGCUCGAUGAAAAUCAUGAGCUUGCGUUCGUCCGUGUCGUCCAGCUGAACCUGAACACCGGAAAACCGGACGACUGGACCCGCGAUGAUGUCAUGCAGUUCGAGAGGGCGUUGUACAACUACAUACACACUACUUUCAAGAGCGAGGUGAUCACACCACGAUGCUUGUCGCUGACGUUUGCCACGGAUGAGAUCGUGCGCACCGGCGAAGCCAUCUUCCCCUUCAUCGGCGUCGGCUUCCUCAUCAUGGCCACAUUUGCCGUAGUUACGGUUUGGUGGGGCAGCCGGAAGCUUGGACAGUGGAGCUUCUCCCGAGCUCAGCUAGCCGUCCUUGGAUGCGUUUGCCCAUUGCUGGCCACGUCUUCAGCCCUGGGACUACUUUUCUGGAUGGGCUUCCGGUUUGGGACGAUUCUGGCUGUAACACCGUUUCUGGUGUUGGCUAUUGGGGUCGACGACGCCUUCCUGCAGCUCCAAUCCUGGGCCAGGCUUCGCGAUGAGAGCCCGCAUCUAUCGCGCGAGGAGAGAAUGAGACUGAUGCUCGAAGAUAUCGGCCCCUCAAUCUCAAUCACCUCACUUACAAACUUUUUCGCCUUCCUCGUCGGCUAUUUCACGCCCACCCCCGAAAUCCAGUUGUUCUGCAUCGGAAAUGCGGUGGCCAUCAUUUUUGACUAUCUCUAUCAGAUCUCAAUGUUCUGCUGCAUGAUCUCGAUUGGGGCCCGACGCGAAGAGGGUCAGCCCAGAAAAAUCGCUCCGGCGCCCGGAAAACUGAUCAUCCCCAUUGCGCACAAGAAGCAUGAAGAGCUCGAAGAAGCGCCCUUUAUUACUGCCUAUUCGAAGUGGAUCUCCUCGCCUUUCACCACGGCGCUGCUCUUCUCUGGGCUCCUUGUCUAUUGGUUCAUCACCGCGCGCGGGGCCCUCCAAAUGUCGGUCAUUUUGUCGUCGAAAAGCUUGGUUAUCGAGGGAUCGCCUCUAAUUGAUAUCGAGAACCUCCGCGAGCAGUACAUUCUUCCAAAUUACACCAACGUCGUCGUGCUGGUCAAUGGGGUCGGCGACUUUGCAGACCCGGCACGGCAAGGCCUUUGCGAAGAUUUGAUCAAAACUUUCGAGUCGUUCCCGGAAGCCAUCGGGCCCGAAACGACACAUUUCUGGCUGAGGGACUACCGCGCUUUCCAGGAAAUCACCGAAGAAGAAGCCGAAGUGACGGAAGAUGGUGUCGCGGUCACCACCGCCGAUCCGUUCACCCGAAAAUCCCUGAAACAAUUCCUGGAAUGGCCGGAAUUCCGGCACUGGGCCGGAUUUAUCCAGUUUGAUGAUAUGGGAAAGCUUGACCGGUUUAUGGCUACGGUAUCCUUCCACGGUGAGACGCUAGGGCGAUUUGCCGUCCGGAAGGAGAUGCUCGAGCGCUGGCGGGCGGUAGUUGACCGAUUCCCGCAGCUCAACGCCAGUAUUUUUGACGAUUUUGCGUCGUUUGUGGAUCAGACGGAUUCGAUGGUCCCCGCCACGCUCAGCUCCUCCGCUGUGACUUUGGCGACGAUGCUGGUGGCCUGCUUUUUCUUUAUGAAUUCGCUCUUCACCAUCGUAAUUGCCGCACUCUCAAUCAUCUCGAUUUGCCUAGGAGUUUUCGGUUUCCUAGCCCUGUGGAACGUAAACCUGGACCCAAUCUCGAUGUCGUGCCUUAUUAUGUCUAUCGGCUUCUCCGUCGAUUUCCCGGCCCACAUCUCCUUCCACUUCCACCGCGAAGGCCUCGAGCACCCGGAAACGACACCCGCAGAACGGGUGGCCAGAUCAUUAUUGGCAAUCGGCUUUCCCCUGCUGCAAUGUGGCGUCUCCACCGUGCUCUUCGUGCUCUGCUUGAUUUGUAUCAAGACCUACAUGGGCGAGGUCUUUGUCAAAACCGUCUUCCUCGUGGUGUCACUUGGGCUUCUCCACGGUCUCGUCAUUGUCCCAUCGUUCUUGUGCUCGCUCUCCAACCUACACACCCUUUUUCUAGAAUGGAGGCAGAAAAAGCGCGUCACAAAACCCGUCGGCAGCUCCUCUCCCUCCGCCUCGUCAAUCUCAAUCUCCCCGGCUUCAUCAGAAGUACGGUUCGAGACGGAAACGCGAGUCCGG